AUGACCAACAAUCCAGCAGAAAGAGGUAUCGGUGCGGCACUUGCUGCCGUUCUUCCCCAGGAUGGAUUGCGAUGGUGGCAGAAGCCUCAUCUGGUCUAUCUCAACUUCUGUCUUUGGUCACUGUUCCUUUUCUCUUCCGCGAAUGGAUACGAUGGGUCAAUGAUGAACGGUCUUCAAGCCCUACCACAGUGGCAAGAAGCAUUGCACCAUCCCAAAGGUGCAUGGCUCGGUUUUCUCAACGCUGUGCAAUCCUUGGGAGCUUUCUGCUGCUAUCCUGUCAUCGCAUGGUCCAACAACCGCUUUGGACGCAAGAAAACGGUCGCUGUCGGCUAUUUCUGGUUGGUCAUCGGCACUGCUCUUCAGACCGCGGCACAGAACCCGACUAUGUUCGUCCUGGGUAGACUUUGCAUCGGAGGUGCCUCAUCUUUCUGGUCCGCGUCAGUCCCCCUACUCAUGACCGAAACCGCCUAUCCGACCCAUCGCGCGAAUCUCACGGCUCUUUACAACUGCGGCUGGUACGUCGGAUCUCUGCUGGCCGCGUGGGUUACGUACGGAACCCGAAAUUACGAUAGUUACUGGGCAUGGCGCAUUCCCUCUGUCUGCCAGAUAUGCAUUCCGGUGGCUGCGCUUCCAGGUUUCUUGAUGGCCAAAGAAUCUCCUCGCUGGCUCAUCUCCAAAGGUCGACAUGAGGAGGCCCGUGCCUUCCUCAUAAAAUACCACGGCGGCGGUGACCAGGUCUCUCCUUUGGCAGAUUUCGAGUUCAACGAGAUCUCCAGCGCCAUCGAGCUAGAAGAUCGGAUCAAGGCCGAGACAAGCUAUCGCCAGAUGUUCGCGACCAAGGGCAACAGACAUCGAUCCUUCAUCACAAUCACCUUGGGGGUGUUCGCCCAAUGGAACGGAGUCGGCAUCGCCAGCUACUACCUCGCUCCAGUUCUUCUGACAGUCGGCAUCACCUCGGUCACAGAUCAGACUAUGAUCUCCGGUUUCUUGCAAGUCUGGAACUUGAUACUGGCCGUCAGUGCGGCUUUCCUCGUCGAUCGACUCGGCCGUCGGCCACUAUUCCUGGUUUCCUGCUUUGGCAUGCUUGCCUGCUACGUCUUCAUCUCGGCUCUCUCGGGUUCAUUCGCGAACACGGGCAAUGCCGCUACCGGCAUCGCCGUCAUCCCUUUCUUGUUCCUCUACUACGGCUUCUACGACAUCGCCUUCACGCCACUCCUCGUUUCCUACACGUGCGAGAUCUGGAACUACACCUAUCGGGCCCGCGGACUCGCGAUGAACCAGUGGUCGACCGCACUGGCGGUUUUCUUCAACAUUUUUGUCAACCCCAUCGCGCUGGGAGCGAUCCAGUGGAAGUACUACAUUGUAUAUGUGGCGAUUCUGGUCGUGAUCACUACCGUUGUCUGGUUCUUUUACCCCGAGACACGCGGACACAGUCUCGAAGAGAUGGCUCAUGUCUUCGAUGGAAGUGCUGCUGCGGUGCCCGACGCUUUCAGGAUCAAGGAAGAGGCGCAGAGUCGUGCGUCGGUGGAUCAUGAUGUGCAGAACAAGUCGGGCGCGAUGGCUCAUGUCGAGCAAAAGUAA